AUGAGUCCAGCAAUCGCCACAAAAGACAAGGCAGGAUCGAUUCCAAAAGUCACAAGGACUACCCAAAAGAUCACAAAGACCACAAAGACUGUAGCAAAGAGUGUGACCCCAAAGACCGCUACCGAAACUACCGAAACGAUCAAAACCACCACCACCGCCGCAGACUCCACUGACAAGAAUGUCAAAAAGACACUGUCAAUUAAAAAGAAGGCUGGAACACCAGUAAAGAAACCAAUUGGAAAAGCAAAGGAGACAAAAGAAGAUGUCGCUGCCGAUGGUAGUGCUAGUGAUAAACCAAAAGCAGGACCCAAAAAGACAAUUGUAUCCAAGAAACCAAUCGAGGCACCCAAGAAACGUCUCACACCUGCCGAAGCUUUGUUGAAGUCAAUGACAGCCAAGAAGGCAGCCAAGGAUGCAUUGUUGAAGAACAGUGCUCCUACUCUUCACAUGACUUUUGAUGACGAGGGAAAUGAGUCGAUCGUAGAACCCGUAAAGAAAGAACAAGAAAAAGCAGUAAAGGAUGAUAAGAGAAAGACAGCAGCAACAACAGUGACAAAGAAGCGCAAGUUGGAGACCAAAGAAGAAAUUGAGGCUAAAAAAGCCAAGGUUGAUGAAUCGCUAAAGGAGAUCCAGGCAUCAGUAGAAGAGCAAAAGAAGAAGAAGCCAAAGAAGCCAAAGACACCAAAGGCACAAAAGGCUGCUAAACCAGUAAAAGAGAUUAAAGAAGAGAGUCUUGGAAAGAAAGAAGAAUCGCUUGUCUACCUAAGAUUGUUCUGUGCUGAUAAAUCUUCAUGGAAGUUCCGUAAAGUACAGCAGAUCUGGUUAUUACAGCAUAUUUAUGACACUGAACAAAUUAAUGACGAUGAUUUCAAACUCUUACUGGAGUACCUUAAAGAUUUACAGGGAAUGGCACGAAAGAACUUAUUGGUAGAAGCACAAAAGAUCUGCCAGACUUCUACAGUCAGUCAAUCGUUGACUGGUUAUGUGGAUACUCAAAACAACGAUGAUGAUGAUGAUGAUGAUUUUGAUGCCGAGAAGCUUUUGGCUAGAUCCGCAGCACAAGUGGAAAAACCCGCACAAUCAUUAGAGGAACCUAAAGAAGGUGAAGACGAUGAUGAAGAAGAAGAGUCAAAGAUAGAAAGAGCAAAGGCAAUUGUUAGAGUAUUGCUUUAA